AUGGCUUCUCCCACUCCCAGCGGCACUGCGUCGGCCAGCUCAGCAGCCGACAAGUCUGUCGCAUGCACAGAAAGCCGCGCCAGCGACACAUCCAACAAGAACAUUGUCCCGGACUCGCGCCAGUCCUCCAAGGGCGGAUCGGAGUCGAAACCGUCUCCCGACAAUCAGCACAAAAACGUGGAGGGUGCCCGGGAGUGGAAUGAAGAUGAAAAGAAAUGGUUGUCCCUGAUUGCCGACAUCCUCGACGACCAAGCGGCAAGGUUGUCUCGCUCGCUGCAGGAUUGA